GAGCGACGCCGGAGCUGGCGUCGCGCGUGUCCCCCAGGUUCCUCUCUGCCGACCGCUGGCUUUUCCUCGGUCUGCGCACGGGGGCCACCCCCGCCCUGCGGAGAGCGAGGCCCAGAGCAUCGUUGAGAUUUGGGGGGCGCCGGAGACCGAGGGCCUGGCGGCCGCACGAACCACACCUAAACGGGAGUCCGGCCCGGGCACAGCUGGAACAUGUCCCAGGGGACACAGUUGCCAGACUAUGUUUACAAUUCUGACUCUACUCAGCCACCUGCCCAUGAUUACCUUGGCAUUUCCUCAUUGCACGAGAAGUCCAAAGGAUUCUAAGCAUGUAGGAGAAGAAGUCUUUACAUCAAAAGAAGAAGCAAACUUUUUCUUACAUCGACGCCUCCUAUAUAAUAGAUUUGAUUUGGAGCUCUUUACUCCUGGUGACCUAGAAAGAGAGUGCAAUGAAGAACUUUGUAAUUAUGAGGAAGCCAGAGAGAUUUUUGUGGAUGAAGAUAAAACGAUGACGUUUUGGCAGGAAUAUUCGAUAAAAGGACCAACCACAAAAUCAGAUGGUAACAGAGAGAAAAUCGAUGUUAUGGGCCUUCUUACUGGAUUAAUUGCUGCUGGAGUAUUUUUGGUUAUUUUUGGACUACUUGGUUACUAUCUUUGUAUCACUAAGUGUAAUAGGCAACGACAUCCAGGCUCUUCAGCCAUCUACAUAAGAAGGGGCAGGCACCCUCCCUCCAUCAUUUUCAGAAGACCUGAAGAGGCUGUCUUGUCUCCAUCACCACCUUCUGUAGAAGACACAGGAUUACCUCCUUAUGAACAAGCAGUGGCACUAACCAGAAAACAAAGUGUUUCACCACCACCAUCAUAUCCUGGGCCAGCAAAAGGAUUUAGGGUAUUUAAAAAGUCUAUGUCUCUCCCAUCCCACUAAGUCCACCUUGCCAUCUUAGCACAAGAAACUCAUGUUAUUUGAAUGGUUGGUUCUCCCUGAACCAAAAAGACAUGUCUAUUCAGUUCUUUAGGACAAACUACAAAGAAUAAAG